GAUGACCAACCAAUCACCGUUGAUGAGGGGAGUGGAACCUUUAUCAUGAUAGAGUCUGCAGAGGCUGCAGGUCCUGGGGUCAAGCUUGAGAGGUCUGAAGGAGAGGGAGACCCAGGGCAAAGCAGAGACAUCCAGCUUGGAGCAGCUGGAACGCCCCCUGUAGCCACAGAAAACCCCACCACCGCCCCAGCGCCCCCCAGGACCCGAUGCAGCAUCAUGGAGGUCAGUGGCCCGCCGAACGCCGCCCUCAAGUCAGAGACAGAUACAGAAACAGAGACUUUAACGGGGCUAUUGCGACUGGACUGUCCUGCUCCUCGCUCAGAGAAUUUACUUCAUGGGAACCUGAGCCCGAGGAAGGUUCUGUCCCAUCAGGACUCAGGUGAUGCGUUACAGACUGGCAAUGAUCCAUCCUGUUCAUAUGCAGCAGAGACAGAGAUGAUACCUGCUGACAUGCCUGUGGGCUUAGAUACACAGACUAAUCUAAUGAGAGAGGACUGGAACCAGUACAGUAGUAGUGUAUACUCUGAAGGGUCUCUAGAUAAGAAAGGGGAGGGUCUGGUCGUAGAUGAGGUGACUGUGAAAGUGGAGGAUGACGUUCCUUUGACUUGGAAUGAAGACCAGACUCAUUUAGGAGGACAGUCGCAGGACAACACUAGUGACUUCUUAGACUACAGGGAAAGCUUAGAGACCAAUCUAAAUGUGUUCAGGGAUCGUGACCCAGUGUCCGCGUUGAUGGGACCUUCUGAUUCACAAGGCUGCGUCCUUUUUGAUCAGGUGCUGAACUCAAACGACAGGACUAGGGCCCAGGCUCAGGGAGGGGGAGCAACAUUGGACAAUAGUAAAGAGAAACGGUUCCUCUGCAUGUUCUGUAACAAAGGCUUCAGCUGCUCCCAAAAGGUGGAGAUCCACCAGAGGGUCCACACAGGAGAGAAACCAUACAGCUGUACCCAGUGUGAUAUGCGCUUCGCUGAGGCUGGCAGCCUGAAGAGGCACCAGAGGGUCCACACAGGAGAGAAACCCUUCAGCUGUACCCAGUGUCAUAUGCGCUUUUCCCACUCAUCCAGUCUGAAGAGGCACCAUAGGGUCCACAACCCUACAGCUGCCCCCAGUGUGAGAAGAGGUUCUCCCACCAGAACCAGGUGAAAAUGCAGCUGAAGGUCCACACGGGAGAAAGGCCGUUCGCCUGUACCCACUGCAGGAAGAGGUUUUCAGAGAGGAGCUACCUCAAGCUACACCAGCAGAGUAACCAUUACACUCAAUAGCUUCUGACGUUUAGCUCAAACCCUGUAUUAAAGCAAAGAUGUAUUUUUAUUGUUGUCAGCAGAAAAGACCCACAGAUGCAUUUGGAAUAAAGAGAUUAACAGAUUUCAGUGUUGAAUAUUCCUGGGUAGAAUAUUUCAUCCAGACAUUGUGUGAUAUAUAUAAGCCUAAAAUGUCUGUUAUAUAUUGUGUUUGUACUGUGUAGGCUGAUAUGAUGAUCUCAUUACUUCCAUUCAUCUACUUUCCCAAGAUACUUUUAAUGGUCAAAUCUAUGCGGUUUAUCAAAUUCAUGGAGAUUUUUUAGUUUAGACAAGUGUAUGUGUGGUUUUCAUAUGGUGUAUUUAAAACUUGUUUAUUUAAUAAAUACAAAAUGGGCCUUUUCA